GUUCCGUGAGCGUGUGCGUUCCAUGCGCUUCCUGUAGAGAGGAUACAGCUAUAUUUUUGAACGAGUUUCAUGGCUUUAUACAUUUUCUACACAGCGAUUCGGUACACACGAUCAAAAUGAACUACAUGCCAGGGACUGCGAGUCUCAUCGAUGAUAUAGACAAAAAACAUCUUGUACUUCUUCGAGAUGGAAGAACGCUAAUUGGGUUUCUGAGAAGCAUUGACCAGUUUGCCAACCUAGUUUUUCAUCAAACAGUCGAGCGCAUCCAUGUGGGCAAGAAGUUUGGAGAUAUUCCCAGAGGAAUCUUCAUUGUGAGAGGAGAGAAUGUUGUUUUGCUUGGAGAAAUAGACAUGGAUAAGCCGUGUGACACAGUCUUGCAGCAAGUUUCUAUAGAGGAGAUCCUGGAGGAGCAGCGAUUGCAACAGCAAGCCAAGCAGGAGACGGAGAAAGCCAAGGUGUCCGCACUGAAGGACAGAGGCCUAUCCAUCCCAAAAGCAGAUAAUCUCGAUGAAUACUGAAGACGCUUCUGUUCCAUUUUCUUCCGUUAUACUGGACUCCUCAGUUAUAUGUCGAUUAGGGGAUUCUUUUGGAGACGGUGAGAAGAAUGUGUGUUUUGUAGAUGACGCAGCGUCACACUAAAUACUGUACUGAUUUCAUUUUGAUUAUGGCUCAUUGGUUUGAAAGCAAGCAAUGAAUUAAGUGAUGCAUUUUUGUUAUCUUUGAUGGCCGGUGUUAUGCAGGAAUUGAGGGUAGACCACACAGCCUAGAUUGUCUACAAGACAACAUUUGAUGAGAAAUCAAUUAUGAUUUUCAUACCACAGCACUGAGAACUUUGUCAAUAGUAUAUAGUGAUGUACACUUUAUGUUAGUGUAAGCAGACAAAUUGUAAUGAUAAAAUGUGUUUUCCAUUAAAGUUUGUUAUUUUAAAUGGGAAUUUUCACUUGAGUCUGACAAUGGAACACUGCUCUACUGCUGCAGGCACUGCAGUCUCCCAUAGAGUGAUAGAGGCCUCUAGUGGCCAAAAGGCCAUAUUAGCAUGGGCAGUGCCGUUGAGGGCUUCCACCAUUUUAAUAUAGUCAACUGGGUGGGACUUCCAACUUCAUUGGCUGAUCCAUCCUGGUGACCAUGUUGAAAUCAUGUCCAACCGGGUCAUCAGGAGGCAUCAGCCAAUCUGACGGAGAAUGGAGCUGGGAGGUAUAGCGGACGUUUUACGGGCUCCUGACCAAUUAUGUUAUUUUGUGUUGUUUUUUUGUGCUGAUCUUAAAGUUUUUUGUACGUAAUGUUUUCACCAUCAUUUCCUAUGACCGAAAAUAGCUUCCGGACAUCAGAACAGCGAUCACUAACCUUGAUUUGGAUGAAGAAUUCUACUUCAAUGAUUCGGCUACGCAGGACAUACUGCUCACCGGGACCAGGCCCUAAUCCCCUACACUCAGAAAGAGGAAAAGACAACGAUAUAGAGGCUGGCAUGGGACACCCUGAUGAAACUAUGGCAGCGAGUGAAUAACCCACCCUUCCCUCUGUUCUAUUGGUGAAUGUACAAUCACUGGAGAACAAACUAGACGAGCUCCGUUCGAGACUGUCCUAUCAAUGGGACCUGAAGAACUGUAAUAGCCUAUGUUUGUCGAUAUGUAGGCGGAAGUCGGACAUUUUAAAUCCCAAUAAGGGAAUGGGCACACUAAGACUCAGGAACACGGAUGAAAUUGUAUAUGACGUAUAUCAUUGUCCAUUUUUGUCCAUCAAAAGUACAACUCAUCUUUUCAGACCAGUUCAUACGAUGGGUGCAUACAAAAAAAGAUUGACAAUUUGUAAAAAUUCACCUUACAAUGGAUAACUCCCAUUGAAAAAGAAUUGUCUUCAUCCGGAAUAUUCGGACACAAGCCUAAUGUAUACCGUCUAUGCACAACACACAUUGAAAGUUGGUGAUCGCUGGUGAUUAAAGAUGGCCACUGACUGCAGAAAACUGAUCUGCUCGAACAUACCCUGUGGUUAUGAGUUCAUUUCCAGCAUAUGGCACAUUAAUUGAAUUUGGAUCAUAUUUGGAUCCCAUGUCUCCUUUCCGUGUUAUUAGACCUACUGAUAUUUUACUUUAUAUGUAUAUAUACACUGAACAUAAAUAUAAAUGCAACAUGUAAA